GUGACAUCACAAGUUGGAACAGGACAUUUUGAGCUUUGGAGAUAUAGAACACAAAUCAUAAUAAUGAGGAGGUAACAACAUUCUGACAUGACUUAAAACUCACAAAAGGCAAUUUUCCAUAGUAUAGGACUUUAAGCAGCCAGACUGUUGACCUAAGGUUGUUGGAGACUGACCUUUUUACAUCAAGGCUCUUUGUGCACAAUGGAACAUCAUGGUCCAUUUUGUUUGUUUUUGUUAUGUAACAAUGAACUUAAGUGGUGUCAUAUUAAUCACUCCUAUGAGUGAUGUUUUUGUGUUUUCCUAACUAUCUGCACUGAUAACGUCCCCUCCUAUAAAUACACAGAUCUUUCAGUGAGAGGCACCACUCAUUUGAAGGGUCGAGGUGAAAAUCAUCCUGGUCACACUCCAGAAGAAAUGGAAAAGUUUGGACUUCUGUUUCUGCCUUUAAUUUUGCUGAUUGGAACAGGAUGUGCUUCAGAAGUUCUCGUGACCAGCUGCGAUGAAUGCCACUCUGAUGCCACCUGCCUGAAGUUGGAAGAGAGAGGAGAUGCCUACCCUCCGAUCACCACAUUCUCCUGCCAGUGUAAUGAUGGUUUUGUUGGUGACGGCAUCAGCUGUUAUGAUGUGAAAGCUUGUGGUGCAGGGGACUCCUCUUGCUGUAGCGAAGGCUAUAGGUGGUCCUCAGAACAGGGCUGCGUUGAUAUAGACGAAUGCUCUCUCAGCCCAUCUCCCUGCAGUCCAUCUCAGCUCUGCCGAAACACACGAGGAUCAUUUGAAUGUCUAGAAAAUAACAAUGCUGAUUCAAAAACAAGCCAGUUUUGGUGCAAUCACGGUAUCUGCCCUCAUGGCAUGGACUGCUUUAUGGAAAAUGGGGAGGCCCGCUGUGAUGAUCCCUGUCAGCACUACACUGUGCUUGAUCAGGAAUGGCGUUCAACAAAUAACAAAAACACAGAAAAUAAAUGUGAUGGUAAUACCAAAUGGCAGGGCUGGUAUCGCUUCUUUCUGAACGGCACUGAUGCUCAAAUCCCAGAGAGAUGUGUGGAGUCAAACAUGUGUGGUACCGAAAGGCCUAUGUUUUUAAGUACACCUCAUCCCACUCAUUCUAAUUUCAUUGAAAGACGUGACAUUUGCAUCCAUUAUCAAUCCAAAUGCUGCCGCUCCAAAUCCCCUUCCAUCCAUGUCAAGCGCUGCUAUGAUCAAUACUAUGUUUACAGACUUGUGCAGCCAAAGGGGUGUAACAGUGCUUACUGUGCAGAAUUUGGGCCCUCAAGACCAACUACAACCACUACCACGCCACCUACCACCACCACUGUUGCCACAACCACUACUGCCCCACCCACCACUACUGCCCCACCCACAACCACUACUGCCCCACUCACCACCACUACUGCCCCAACUACCACUACCACCACACCACCUACUACAACUACUACCACCCCAACUACCACGACCACCACACCACCCACCACCACUACUACCACCCCAACUACCACUACCACCUCAUCCACCACUACCACAUCAGCCACCACCAUUGCCCCAUCAGAGACAGAAAUUCAAAUUGACCACUUUAUUUGUGGACAAGACAAAAUCCAACUUACUCUGAACCGGGCAGCUGUGUCCUUCUCUGGUCUGGACCCAUUGUCUGGUCACCUGGUGGACCGCAGCUGCGUCCGAUCUAAAGUGGAGAAUAAGAUUGUGUGGUAUGAGGUUGAGCCACGUGGAGGAGUCUGUGGGAACACCAGGAGGAUCAACAGUACACAUGUCAUCUACACUAACAGCUUAUUCAUCUAUGCUAACAACAAUAGCACCUUCCAUGUUCCUGCAAGUCUCCCCUUCUCAUGUGUGUAUCCUCUUGAUGUGGACACCAGUCUCAAUGCUGACAUCAGACCAUUGGGUCCAACUGGUGGCAUCACUGCAACAGGUGGACCCCCUAAAGCAUUAAUGUCUCUGUACCGAGACUCAAGUUUCCACAGUGCUUACCAGGCUGGCAGCGUGAGUCUGCCAGUGGGCCAGCCGCUGUACAUUGGGGUCUCUGUGGAGGAGAAUGACCCAAAUUUUGUGACUGUUCUGGACGAGUGCUACAUAACAUAUACCUCCAACCCAAAUGACCAAAUGAGACAAUCUCUGAUACACCACAAGUGUUCCUCUAACCUUCAGCAGGUGCUGGUGGUUGAGAGUGGAACUUCUCUGCAGGCUCGGUUCUCUGCCCUCUUCUUUGUGCCUGAGGGUCAGUACAGAACGAUCUAUGUCCACUGCCACCUCAGUAUGUGCGGCAGCGGACCCUGUGUCCCACUUUGCUCAGGAAGGGCUCGUCGCUCAGUUUCUGACAGUGUAGCAAUGCAGCCACUCACCAUUGGACCCAUCACAUGGGGAACUAAAUGAAUGUUUUCCACUCUUCUCCAAAGAUAUCUGUGAUGUUACUGCAAUGGCUCUGAGUAGCUGAAACAAUAAUUGCCGGUGCAUAUAAUAUUUGACAUGC